AUGCUAAAGAUAGCCAAACUACAUCGAGAAAAGGUUAAAAACCAGAAAUUAGCUACUCCAGAACCUAUUAUUAGUCAAAACAACCCCUAUCUUGACUGCCCAGCAGAGUGGGCCCAAGUAGAAAAAUCUCCUGACUCCACUCCCGAAUCAACAACAGACAACUCACCUCAAGACAAAGAAGAAAUUAUACAAGAGCUACCAUCUGCAAACAAUACAAUAGCAGAACAAUGCUUCAAAAUGGAAACUGAACCACUCAAUAUUUGGGACCAGGCCAAUACAGAACAACAAGCCAAAGAGGAUACUCCUUUCAUAUUG